AUGGAUUAUGUCGAACAUGAGACGGAAAUGCACGACGCUCUCAAUACUCCGGGAUGUCCCCCAUAUGAACGCGGAAUUCUGGACCCAGCCAUCGACAAAGAUCGUCUUGAGAUACUAUAUGGGCAGCUAGCAGCUAUCCUGCUUCAACUUUUCACACCCUCCUUGCCUGGUAUUGGAUCUCUUAGCCAGAUUGAUGACUUCAACUGGGACGUAACACGCCGACCUUUGCCUAUGAACAUGAGUGAUGUAGUCCGACUGGGUACAUUACCGCGGACGAAACUUCCCAAUCUACAUGCUAUAUUUACAACAGCUGCUUCCUAUUUCGAAACUCUCGCAGACCUUAAUAUUGAGCAUUUCGUACACUAUCGAAACGAUUCUGUGGAGUCCGCGGAUGACUACCGUCGAAAACUUGCUGCAAGGCGGCUUUUUUGCAAACUCGCCAGAGACAAGCGACUCACCAGCCCUUUGCUGAAGAAAGGACCCUUUAAAAUAUGGUGUGAUGAUUUUUUGGCCAAAUAG